UUUCUGCACACCAAAGAGUCUCUUUAAUUAUCUUUUCAUCUCUAAAAUGUCUCUCAUAAAAACUAUGUCUUUCUUCUUCUUCUCCUUUGUAAUCGCUCUCUGCUUCAUCCCUGCACACGCAGCAAGGUUUGACAUCACAAACCAAUGCCGUGACACUGUUUGGGCCGCGGCUGUGCCCGGCGGUGGAAAGCAACUUAAUUCUGGCGAGUCGUGGACCAUCGAUGUGCCUGCAGGUACUGCGAAGUCUCGCAUUUGGGCCCGAACCGGCUGCAGCUUCGACGGUUCAGGUCAUGGUGGAUGCCAGACCGGUGACUGUGAAGGUCUCUUGGAGUGCCAAAAGUACGGUUCACCUCCCAACACACUCGCGGAAUUCGCGCUCAACCAGAACAGCCCGGGGUACUACACCAAUUUGGACUUCGUUGAUAUCUCCCUGGUUGACGGAUUCAAUGUUCCCAUGGAUUUUAGUCCAACAAUAUCUAAUGGGUGCCAACGUGGAAGUAUAACGUGCACUGCUGACAUUAACGGACAGUGUCCCAAUGAGCUCAGGACUCAAGGGGGUUGUAACAACCCAUGUACUGUGUACAAAACCGACCAGUAUUGUUGCAAUUCGGGUCCGUGUGGAUCCACUCCUUUGUCCAAAUUCUUUAAGGAUAGGUGUCCCGAUGCUUAUAGUUAUCCCCAGGAUGAUCCAACAAGCUUAUUCACAUGCCCCGGUGGAACCAACUAUAGGGUUGUCUUUUGCCCUUGAACUCAACCACCUUCCCAACCCUUUACUAUCAUCUAUGUUUAACUGAAUCUGAUCUUAUACAUACACAUCCAAUAGGACUAGUACUGGUCACUUAUAUAGUUUCACUAUGGUCUACCAUAUGCACUAAAUAAAGAAAAUAAUAAGGUUUGUGCGCACUUUUAUGUGCCCAUCUAGGGAAUGUGCACUGCUAUUCUAAAUGAUGAAAGCAAUAAAUCGUUCUCGUACGAUCAUAACUAGUUAUUCGCGCCAUAGCUUUUUCUUUUGUAUCUGUAUUUUCAAUGCUCCUAAGUAGGGGUGUUAACGGACCGAGCCGAGCCGAGCUUUGGUCUUAACGGGUCAAGUCUGUAUUUAAACGUGUUAGACUGGCAUUAGCCUGUUACCUGUUAC